AUGACAACCCCACCUCCCACCAUCCGCGUCGCCGUCACCCAAAGCGAGCCCAUCUGGCUCGACCUCAACGCGACCAUCACCAAAACCUGCGCCCUAAUCGCCGAAGCCGCCUCACAGGGGGCCCAACUGAUCAGUUUCCCCGAAUGCUGGAUCCCAGGGUAUCCAGCGUGGAUAUGGACCCGCCCCAUCUCCCCCACCCUCCACACGCUCUACAUGCGCAACUCCCUAAGCACAAGCUCCCCCCAAUUCGCCCGAAUCCUCGCCGCAGCCAAAGCCCACAACAUAACCGUCGUGCUCGGCUUCACUGAGAACGUCCACGACUCGCUGUACAUCUCGCAGGCGAUAAUCUCGCACGAGGGGGAGGUUCUCUCCAAGAGGAGGAAGAUCAAGGCUACGCAUAUGGAGCGCACGGUGUUUGGGGAUGCUGAUGCGGAGACGGGGCUGGCUGGGGUUGUUGAGACGGCUGUGGGCAGGGUGGGUGCGUUGUCGUGUUGGGAACAUGUACAGCCCCUGUUGAAGUAUUAUAUGUGUGCGCAGAGGGAGGCGGUUCAUGUGGCGGCGUGGCCGCCGUUGUUUAAGGAGGAGGAUGAGGGGGAUGAGGGGGGGUUGUUUUCGAUGUCCGGGGAGGGAGCUGCGGUGCUAGCUCGCACGUAUGCUAUGGAGUCUUCUUCGUUUGUGCUGCAUACUACAGCUGUGAUCAGUCAAGCGGGGAUUGAUCUGAUGCAGACCGCCACGGGGGCUAUUAUGAACACUCCCGGUGGUGGCAGCUCGGCGGUUUUUGGGCCUGAUGGGCGGCUUUUGUCGGAGGCGCUGCCGCCGACGGAGGAGGGGAUUGUUUAUGCUGAUCUGGACUUUGAGCAGGUAUAUAGGGCUAAGGCGUUUGUGGAUAUCGUGGGGCAUUAUAGUAGGCCGGAUUUGCUGUGGUUGGGGGUUGGGGGGAGGGAUCAGAGGCAUGUGAGGGAGGUGGGGGACGAGGCGUGA